CACAGUGUGUCAGCCUCUGGCCCUUGCCCUGUACCCAACAGCGGAGCCAGACAUCUCCUCUUCCAGCAUGGCAUCUGCUUCUUCUUCCCCAGGACAGUCCAGACCUAGAUGGGCUUUCCAGACCGUUAAUCACUCUAGACAAGCUUCUGGAUCCCAUGGACUCUAUGGCUAACCAACUAGGUUGCUACUUGCAAAUGUCUGCUUCCAUCGAAGGCUUCCUACAGGUCACCAGCUUUCUGGAAUUUUCUGGGACCAAACCUUUUCCAGACUGCUUACAAGCACCAGCUAGUUUCUGGAUGGACGUAUGGCUUGCAGGUUCUGGCAGAGCUCCCCAGAGCCAUGUGGACCCAGCUUUUUGGAUUCCCCUGCCCAAUCCUAAUGAUGCCUGCACUCUCCCUGUAACAAUCACAAGGGUGUUUGACCAGAACUCACUGAAGACUUCUGUGAAGUACUUGACCAUGCCCAAGGCUGUGGAGUCCCUCUAUGGCAGUCUGUGGGACACUGCUGGGGUGUUUUUCUCCAGGCUGAAGCUAAGGAGGAGUAUAAAGAGACAGUACUUGCUUCAGCCGCGGGCUGUGCAGACCUCUCCGAGGAUGACCUGGGGUCUGUCUUACACACCUUGGAGCCCUGCGGAUCUCUCCAAUGGAUCUGCUCCAUCAACAGGCCAUAACUGCCACUCCUGUUUUCUUGCUGUGGUCCAACCAACUCCCUGCAGCUCUAGCAUUUCCAAGGAUGGGGAGUCUCUGGUUGCUCCUAGGGUUUCCCUUCUGUCACUGGCCAGUCCCAGGUCUACUGCUUUCCCAUGACCACCUCAGCCUUGAACCCCAUCCGUCUCUCCUGGGAUGCUGCGGACCAUUCCUUGCAGACUCCCUCUCUGCUGGACCCAGGGCCAGUGGGAAUGAUAAGAGCUCACGUGUGGGGUUGCCAUGAAGUUUUAGUGAGUUAAUGCCCACGUUAGGUAUAUAAGGUGCAUCUGUGAACUCUCGUGCUGCAAGGUAUGUUCAGGUGAUAAGAAGGAGAUCCUUGAAGCUAGCGCCUAUGGUGGCCUAGGCACCUGGGGGCAGAAGAGGGAAGGUGGCCGGGAGGAAUCUGGGGUAGUUGGGAGUGAUAGAAACCAGGAGUGUUUUAAGUUGGGGAAGAAGUUGGUUAGGUUGGCUUCUAGAAAAACGGCAAGGGGAGCUGAGUUGCUGAGCACUGAAAGGGCUCAUUGGGCCUCCCUGCCUAGACUUGCUGAGUACCGUGGGAGCCGGUGGUACCCGGGAAGGACCACACUGGGCCCAGGGCCAGAGCCCUCAGGAUGGUUUUGUGUGUGUCCCUCAACCUUCCCAGCCCCCCGUGUCCUUUUCUUUGGAACCGCUGCAGCCCCUAGCCCAGCCCAGCCCAUCUGGUGCUCUCGGACCAAGCUGGGCCAAGGCUACAGAAAGCCAGUAGGUGCCUGGGUCCUGUCAUUCCACAAUGACAGAGCAUGUGCUGUCUCCCAAAGCAGCCCAUGCCAUCUCUUCAGAGGCUUGUUCAAAAUUAUAUUUUUCAUAAAGGUGAAGUAAUGGUGGCCGACAGUCCGUCAUUCAACGUUGAUCGUGCUCCCUUCAUGCGGCAGGCAUUGUUCCAGGUGCUUUAAUGAUUUAACUCAUUUAACUUUCCAUCAAGCCUUUGAUGCAGGAGCUAUUAUUCUCCUCACAUCCCUGUUUAACAGAUGGGUAAACUGAAGCAUGAGAGGUUAAGCCAUUUCCCCAAUGUGAAGGAGCCAGGACUCCACAUGGAAGUCUCACCCCAGAGCCCCUCGCUGGACGCCCACCCUCUCCUGCCUCUCUGAGCCGCAGGAUCCCUCCCAUUCACCUGCAUUCCCACAAAGAAGUUACUGGCUUUCCCCACACACCCGUCUGCUCUCCCCCAUGGGCCCCCUCUUGGUCCUGCCCGUAGACAGGAGCCAAGCCUCCUGGUCAAGGUGGGGGCUCAGCUGCCCUUAGCAGAGGCUGCCCCCUCUUCACCCGCACUCCGCACACCUGUUAACACAGCCUCAGGCUGUGAGGGCUUCUCACAUGAUGCAGCUCCCCGUCCCUGUAAGGGGUCUCAUUUCCAUACUCCUCUGUCUACCCCACCCCACACAGCACAGCACAGCUCGACCAGCCAGUCACUAGCCAUCCAGCAACUCAGCUCAAUUACACCUCCUUAGGGAGACCACCCUGGACUCCCCAGGCUCAGUCAGUCCUCAUUUGGCUCUUCCUACACGCCUUGCCUCGCUUCUUUGCAGCAAUCAUUUCACAUCCAUGGCUUAAA